CUCGCGCUGAGGUGCGUCGGUGCCCGGCCCUCUGCGCCCCCGCGCGCCGCGGCUCCUGUUGACCCGGUCUGCCCGUCGGUCCGCGCCGCGGCUGAGGAAACUUGGAUAUAACUUCAAAAGAAGAUUUGGUUCUUUAUUUCUGGACUGCGUACAUAUAACAAGGCCAUUAAAAUGUCGGGAGCCUCAGUGAAGGUGGCUGUCCGGGUAAGGCCCUUCAAUUCUCGAGAGACCAGCAAGGAAUCCAAAUGCAUCAUUCAGAUGCAAGGCAACUCGACCAGUAUUAUUAACCCAAAGAAUCCCAAGGAAGCUCCAAAGUCCUUCAGCUUCGACUAUUCCUACUGGUCUCAUACCUCACCUGAAGAUCCCUGCUUUGCAUCUCAAAACCGUGUGUACAAUGACAUUGGAAAGGAAAUGCUCUUACAUGCCUUCGAGGGAUAUAAUGUUUGUAUUUUUGCCUAUGGGCAGACUGGUGCUGGAAAAUCUUACACAAUGAUGGGUAAACAAGAAGAAAGCCAGGCUGGCAUCAUUCCACAGUUAUGUGAAGAACUAUUUGAAAAAAUAAAUGACAACUGUAAUGAAGAAAUGUCUUACUCUGUAGAGGUGAGCUACAUGGAAAUUUACUGUGAAAGAGUACGAGAUUUGCUGAAUCCAAAAAACAAGGGUAAUUUGCGUGUGCGUGAACACCCACUUCUUGGGCCCUAUGUGGAGGAUCUGUCCAAGUUGGCAGUUACUUCCUACACAGACAUUGCUGAUCUCAUGGAUGCUGGGAACAAAGCCAGGACAGUGGCAGCUACAAACAUGAAUGAAACAAGUAGCCGUUCCCACGCUGUAUUUACAAUUGUUUUCACCCAGAAGAAACAUGAUAAUGAGACCAACCUUUCCACUGAGAAGGUCAGUAAAAUCAGCUUGGUGGAUCUAGCAGGAAGUGAACGAGCUGAUUCAACUGGUGCCAAAGGAACUCGAUUAAAGGAAGGAGCAAAUAUUAAUAAGUCUCUUACAACUUUGGGCAAAGUUAUUUCAGCCUUGGCCGAGGUGAGUAAAAAGAAGAAGAAAACAGAUUUUAUUCCCUACAGGGAUUCUGUACUUACUUGGCUCCUUCGAGAAAAUCUAGGUGGCAAUUCUCGUACUGCAAUGGUUGCUGCUCUGAGCCCUGCAGAUAUCAACUACGAUGAGACUUUGAGCACUCUAAGAUAUGCAGAUCGUGCAAAACAAAUUAAAUGUAAUGCUGUUAUCAAUGAGGACCCCAAUGCCAAACUAGUUCGUGAAUUAAAGGAGGAGGUGACACGGCUGAAGGACCUACUUCGUGCUCAGGGACUGGGAGAUAUUAUUGAUACAUCCAUGGGGUCUCUCACUUCAUCCCCAUCUUCCUGCUCACUCAGUAGUCAGGUGGGCUUGACGUCUGUGACCAGUAUUCAAGAGAGGAUCAUGUCUACACCUGGAGGAGAGGAAGCUAUUGAACGUCUAAAGGAAUCAGAGAAGAUCAUUGCUGAGUUGAAUGAAACCUGGGAAGAGAAGCUUCGUAAAACAGAGGCCAUCAGAAUGGAGAGAGAGGCUUUGUUGGCUGAGAUGGGAGUUGCCAUUCGGGAAGAUGGAGGAACCCUCGGGGUUUUCUCACCUAAAAAGACCCCACAUCUUGUUAACCUCAAUGAAGACCCUCUAAUGUCUGAGUGCCUGCUUUAUUACAUCAAAGAUGGAAUUACAAGGGUUGGCCAGGCAGAUGCUGAGCGGCGCCAGGACAUAGUACUAAGCGGGGCUCACAUUAAAGAAGAGCAUUGUAUCUUCCGGAGUGAGAGAAGCAACAGCGGUGAAGUUAUUGUGACCUUAGAGCCCUGUGAGCGCUCAGAAACCUACGUAAAUGGCAAGAGGGUGUCCCAGCCUGUUCAGCUGCGCUCAGGAAACCGUAUCAUCAUGGGUAAAAACCAUGUUUUCCGUUUUAACCACCCGGAACAAGCACGAGCUGAACGAGAGAAGACUCCUUCUGCUGAGACCCCCUCUGAGCCUGUGGACUGGACAUUUGCCCAGAGAGAGCUUCUGGAAAAACAAGGAAUUGAUAUGAAACAAGAGAUGGAGAAAAGGCUACAGGAAAUGGAGAUCUUAUACAAAAAGGAGAAGGAAGAAGCAGAUCUUCUUUUGGAGCAGCAGAGACUGGACGCGGAUUCUGAUAGCGGGGACGAUUCUGACAAGAGGUCGUGUGAAGAGAGCUGGAAACUGAUUACUUCUCUGAGAGAAAAGCUACCUCCCAGCAAGUUGCAAACCAUUGUUAAAAAAUGUGGCCUCCCCAGCAGUGGGAAGAAACGAGAACCAAUUAAAAUGUAUCAGAUACCCCAAAGAAGGCGCUUGAGUAAAGAUUCCAAGUGGGUCACGAUCUCAGAUCUUAAAAUUCAGGCUGUCAAAGAGAUUUGCUAUGAGGUUGCUCUCAACGACUUCAGGCACAGUCGACAGGAGAUUGAAGCCCUGGCCAUUGUCAAGAUGAAGGAGCUUUGUGCCAUGUAUGGCAAGAAAGACCCCAAUGAGCGGGACUCCUGGAGGGCAGUGGCCAGGGAUGUCUGGGAUACUGUUGGUGUUGGGGAUGAGAAGAUCGAAGACGUCAUGGCCACUGGGAAAGGCAGCACUGAUGUAGAUGACCUCAAGGUUCAUAUAGACAAACUGGAAGAUAUUUUGCAAGAAGUCAAAAAGCAAAAUAACAUGAAAGAUGAGGAGAUAAAAGUCUUAAGAAAUAAAAUGCUCAAAAUGGAGAAAGUCUUGCCACUGAUUGGAUCUCAGGAACAGAAAAGCCCAGGAAGCCUCAAAGCCAAGGAGCCUAUUGGUGCUGGUGUUAGUAGCACCUCUGACAAUAAUGUAAGUAAAGGAGAUAGUGGAGAACUUGCAAAAGAAGAACGUGUUUCCCAGCUGAUGAAUGGGGAUCCAGCUUUUAGACGUGGACGUCUGCGCUGGAUGAGGCAAGAGCAAAUUCGGUUUAAGAACUUGCAACAGCAGGAGAUAACGAAGCAGCUUCGUCGGCAGAAUGUACCUCAUAGGUUCAUCCCUCCUGAGAACCGGAAGCCCCGCUUCCCCUUUAAGAGCAACCCUAAACACAGAAACUCGUGGAGUCCUGGUACACAUAUCAUCAUAACAGAAGAUGAGGUUAUAGAGCUUAGAAUUCCAAAAGAUGAUGAAGCAAGGAAAGGGAAUAAAGAAGAGAGCCAAGAAAAAGGGGGUAAAGGAGCUUUUAAGGAUCCCCAGUUACCAUGGGGCUCUCAAGGAAUGAGAAGUCAAGAUCAUAUCCAAGUUAGCAAGCAGCAUGUUAAUAAUCAGCAACAGUCACCUCAACUACGUUGGAGAAGCAAUUCUCUCAAUAAUGGCCAGCCGAAAAGUACGCGCUGCCAGGCAUCUGCCUCCGUGGAGUCAUUAAACUCCCACAGUGGCCACUCCACUGCUGAUGUGCAGACUUUCCAGGCAAAGCGCCAUAUUCAUCAACACCGUCAGUCUUACUGUAAUUAUAACACUGGAGGUCAGUUAGAGGGCAGUGCAGCCACUUCCUAUCAGAAGCCGACUGACAAACCCAGCCACUGUAGCCAGUUUGUGACACCUCCGCGGAUGAGGAGACAGUUCUCAGCACCCAAUCUCAAAGCUGGUCGAGAAACCACAGUAUAAAUCAGUUACUGGACAAACUUGAAAUCAUGGUGGAAGAAUCAGACCGUAUUAGCUCAUGAUUUGAUUUGGUUCUACCUUUGACCUUGAGUUCUUAUUAUUUACAUUAUAAAUAUUAACUGGUUUUAUAUUGUUAAAACACUGGUAAAAGUUUCAACACCUCCCUUUUGCUUGUAUACCAUAAAUGGGCAGUUUCUGAAAUUUUGGAUAAAGCAUCAAGAACUCCUUUUUCUGAAACGUUCCUCCUUUUUUGGUGCCUAGAAAAUUAAUAUACUUACACAGACUUGUCCCAUCUUGGUAUACAUUUGUUAUGUUUUUAUAAUGCCUAUAAAUUAACCUGACAUCCAGAAAGACCUGCCUCUUAGUUUAUACUUUCAAAAGGAGAAUUUGAUAAGCAAAUUUAAGUGUCCGUUAUUCUCCUAAAUGUUAGAAAUUGGUUUAAAAAUGACAUGCAACUGUGUGGACACAGCUUUGGGUUUCUCAUUCAUGUCUGUUCCCUUAUUUAAAUACAAUUAGAAUCUUCAUAAGCCAAAACUAAAGGUCUUCAAACAUAUCUUCAAACAUUAUACAUAGCUUUUCAUCUUCCUCAGAACUUCCACAUCUUCUUUUAUUCUCUACUUUUCAAAAAAACUCAUAUAAUAGUUUUUUUCUUUUCAAUGUAUCAGAAUAUGUAUGAAAUUUGUCAUACCAGAAUCUGUAAAUUGACACUGUGUCUGGGAUUCUGUUUGUGGUUUGUGUUUUGAAGUUCAGUGUGUCAUUUGACACAUAUGCACACAAAGUGAAUUAUUCACCGAAAUCAUGCCAACAGAAAUACCAGCAAAAAACUUGCAUACAUGCUUUCAGCAGUGUAUAUAAGUUUGUAAGGAGGAUAUUUGGCCUGAGAGGGAAGAGGUGGGACGUGAGGACAAAGCUACAGCGUAUGUCUCUGUGGUGCUGCUUUUUUCCAAUAGUUGAUGAAACAGUGAAAUAAAAGUUAACUUUGGUUGGGUUUGGAAUAAAGGAGAUGAUACGUGAUAAACUAUUCUUUGAUUAGCAGUAGUAAUGCUCGUAGACACUCAGACAAGAAGGCGAAGUCCUGAUGAACAUUUAUUGUGUCAAUACCUCAUUUUAUUUGGUUAUGAUCUCAGUUUGCCUCACUGGAAAAUCCACUAUGAAAGAUGGGUUUUAAUGGAAAGAAAAGAAUCAUCUUCUACAUCGUUCCUUAUCUCUUGAGUUGUCAAAAACGUUUCUAAGAGGCAGUCUGAAGAGCCAGAGAUGUCUGAAAUUGCCUAACUUCGUGUUCUGGAAGAUUACUAAGUCACAUGAAAUCAUCUAGCAAACAUUUGUCUUCCAAAUGAUGAGAAAAACUACAACCAAGAUAGCAGUUAGCAUUCAAGGAAGCCUUAAAAAUUGUGAUUAUGUUUUUUUUUUUUUUCCUUUGCAUGUGGGCACUAUGCUUUAUUAGAACACAUUAUUUUUAAUCAUAGUAUUUUUUCUUUGCCUCUAAAAAAUACUUAAUGCACAGAAAGUUGCUUCCAGUUAACUUUUUUUUUUUCCCUUAAAAAGAGAAGCUUUGAGAGGUAUUUUUGCUUUCAUAGCUAGAACAGUUGAAGUCUUCAACUGAGGUUUUAUGGCAGAUUAGACAUGGGUAAAUGAUGUCUGUAGUGGGUUGACUUACCGAGAUGACAAUCUCCUGUGCCAUUUGGUUUGAAUGUACUUGAUAGGCUGCUUCAAAUCAGUCACUUCAAUGCGUCUUGUAUAAACCCAGUUGACCUUUUUGUUCCUCUUUAGACAUAAAUGUGCUAUUUCUUUCUAGACACAAUUUAUUUAGUAAAGUUAAAAAUAGUCAUUCCUAGGUGUGGUGGCACACACCUACAGCCCCCAGCUACUCAGGAGGCUGAAGUAGGAGGAUCACUAGAGUCCAGGAGUUCUGGGCUGUGGUGCGCUAUGCCAGUUGGGUGUCCGCACUAAGUUGGCAUCAAUAUGGUGAUCUCCCUGAAGCGGAAAACCACAAGGUUGCCUAAGGAGGGGUGAACCCAUCCCAGGUCGGAAAUGGAGCAGGCCAAAACUCCGAGGCUGAUCAGUAAUGGGAUCUUGCCUAUGAAUAACCAGUGCACUGCAGCCUGGGUGACAGAGUGAUAACCCGU